GAGCUGGCUGAGGAGCUGGGCAGGCACCGGGCCAAGGAGUAUAAUGUGGAGGGCGAGGGCGGCAAGAAGGGCGGGGCCGCCAAGCGGGGCACGGGGGUCAAGUAUGAGGAUGUGGCGGGCAUCGACCACAUCAAGCAGGACAUACAGGAAAUCCUGAACAUCCUGCUGGGAGAUGAGGAGUACGAGGCGAUGGGCGCCCACCCCAUGCGGGGCGUGCUGCUGGAGGGCCCUCCCGGCACCGGCAAGACGCUGCUGGCCAAGGCGAUGGCUGGGGAGGCGGGCAUACCCUUCUACUCGGCCAACGGCGCCGAGUUUGUGGAGAUGUUCCAGGGGGUGGCCGCCGCCCGCAUCCGCUCCCUGUUCCGCGCCGCCCGCAAGAACUCUCCCUCCAUCAUCUUCAUAGACGAGAUCGACGCCAUCGGCAAGGCGCGCAGCAACGGCCCCACGGACUCCGGCACGCAGGAGCGGGAGCAGGGCCUGCUGCAGCUGCUGACCGAGAUGGACGGCUUCUUCCAGAACGACCGGGUGCUGGUGGUGGGGGCCACCAACCGCGUUGAUGCUCUGGACGACGCGCUGCUGCGCCCCGGCCGCUUUGACCGAACCAUCUACAUGGGCCGGCCCUCGCCCACCAACCGCCUGCGCAUCCUGCAGGUCCACACCAAGAACAAGCCCAUCGACCGCUCCAAUGAGGACGCGCUGCUGCGGCAGAUCGCUGACCUGGCCAUCGGCUUCAGCGGCGCGGAGCUGGCCAACCUGCUGAACGAGGGCGCCAUCCUGGCGGUGAGCUGA